AUGGAUAUCAAUAACACCAUUGACUUUCCGGAACUUGAUCUUGAUUUUCUCCGCGAAUAUACAUGUGAAACUUAUCAAAUGAAGCAGAGCAAAGCAUAUGCUAAAGCUCAUUUCUAUGAACAUGACAAUAAAUUUGAAUUACAGAUAUCACCUGAUGAUGAUCAACUCAUUUGGUGUCGACUUCAUAGUCACCAUUCGAACACAACUUACUACUUUAGGUGGAUGCAAACAUCCACUAAGUUAAAGACUUGGUCUUCGUUCACAGAUACAGUCGUACGUGCUUUUGGCUCAACAUGA